AUGUCUGAAGCUAAGUUGACAGAAGAUGAGAUUAUAGAGCAAAGACGACUUCGUCGCAGGCAGAUUUUGUUGAAAUACCAAAACGUCCAGCAAGCCGGUGAGAAAAGCACUGUAACGGAUAAUUCAGUAUUGCAAAGUAAGCAGCCAGUGAUUGGAAGUGAGGAGAAACAGUCGUUGAAGAGACCUGAACGGAAUGAAGCACAAAACGAUCAGACUAAUGCUCAACAACAACCUCGCGAUGAAGGUAAAAGUGAACCGGCUUUGAAGAAGGCAAAAACGAUCGUCAAGGAAGAUGAUGAUGAUGACGAAGAAGAAGAAGAAGACGAUAUGUUUGCGGACACACCGACGAGAAAGACUAAACACCGCAAAGAAGCAUCCUCUGAUGUUGCUGUAACACGGAAAUUUGGUGUUAUGGAGGAUGUUUGGGAUGAUCUUGAAGGUUACUAUAAAGUAGUCCUUCUUGAAGAGCUCGACGGACGUUAUGUUGUGCAGUCUAACUUAGGAAAAGGUGUGUUCUCUUCCGUUGUGAAGGUUCUCGAUCAAAAAACGGGCAAGCUUUUCGCUGUCAAAAUAAUCCGUAACAACGAAACGAUGUACAAGGCUGGUUUGAAAGAAAUUUCAAUCUUUGAACGUUUGAAGCAAGCUGAUGAAAAUAACAGUCAAACGAUUGUACACUACGAGCGAAACUUUAUGCAUAAGCAUCACCUGUGCAUGGUUUUUGAAAUGCUCAGUCUUAACUUGCGAGACAUUUUAAAAAAGUUUGGACGAGGAGUUGGUCUUAACAUCAAAGCAGUGCGUGUAUAUGCUUACCAAAUGUUUAAGGCGUUAAUAUUGCUGAAAAAGUGCAAUAUAUUGCAUGCUGACAUUAAGCCGGAUAAUAUGCUCGUAAACGAAAAACGAAACCUUGUUAAAAUAUGCGAUCUUGGUUCAGCCUCUGACGCCUCAGAAAACGAGAUUACUCCUUACCUCGUGAGUCGGUUUUAUCGAGCACCAGAAAUCAUUCUUGGAAUUCCUUAUUCAUUUCCAAUAGACAUAUGGAGUGUUGCAUGUUCUAUUUUUGAACUAUAUACGGGUCAUAUUUUGUUUGCCGGUCGUUCUAACAACCAGAUGCUAAAACAGAUGAUGGAAUGUAAAGGACACUUUAGUCAUAAAGUGCUGAAACGUGGUCAAUUUACUAACGAUCACUUUGACGAGCAUUACAAUUUUAUCAGCGUAGAGAUUGAUCCUAUAACAGGAAGGGAAAUACGAAAACCCAUGAAUUUUGUGAAACCCACGAAUGAUUUGAAAUCUAGGGUCCGCGAAACUCCAACAUCGACACCACAGGAAGGUGUAAUUCAAAAUGAUUUGGUUCUUCUCUUGGAUCGUUGUCUUGAACUCAAUCCUGAAAAACGAUUGACACCAGAAGAAGCGCUGGAGCAGCCCUUUUUUAAAAAUGCCAGCCUGUUUCGGUAA